AUGUCUCUCUCCAAACACCUCAAUUCCGACAGCCUCAUUAAAGCCUCUCAGGAUCAUCAUCAAAAGCAUAAGAAAUUCGUUCACAGUUCCACUGGUCAUGAGGCCACUCACCCCUAUGGAGCGCGUUACGGCGUCCAGCCCAUUCCCAAAUACAAGCUCCCCUCCAAGGGCACUGAUGCCGAGGCUACUUAUCAACUCAUCCACGACGAACUCACCCUCGAUGGCACCCCUACCUUGAAUCUCGCGUCUUUUGUGCACACGUGGAUGCCCAAGCAGGCAGACCAACUUAUGCUUGAAAACAUAUCCAAAAACCUCAUUGAUCAGGAUGAGUACCCUAUGACCCAGGUCAUUCAUACUCGAUGUGUUUCCAUCCUUGCCGACCUUUGGCACGCCCCCCGCGCCCAAAAUGCAAUCGGCACUGCGACCACCGGUUCAUCUGAGGCCAUUCAGCUGGGUGGUCUCGCUAUGAAGCGUCGUUGGCAAGAAGCACGCAAGCAAGCGGGAAAAUCGAUUCAUGAACCUGGCCCAAACAUCAUCAUGGGUGCCAAUGCCCAGGUCGCUCUGGAGAAAUUUGCUCGCUACUUCGAUGUUGAGAUGCGCCUAGUGCCCAUAUCCGUGGAGAGUCAUUACCGUCUCGAUCCAAAGAAGGCAAUGGAGUUCGUCGACGAAAAUACAAUCGGCGUGUAUGUCAUUCUCGGCAGCACUUAUACCGGUCAUUAUGAACCUGUGCAGGAGAUGGCUGAACUCCUAGACGAGUACGAGCAGCGCACAGGGCACUCGGUUCCCAUCCAUGUUGACGCUGCAUCCGGAGGAUUUGUCGCACCCUUCGCAACACCCAAGCUUACCUGGGACUUCCGCAUCCCUCGCGUCGUCUCAAUCAACACGUCUGGACACAAAUUCGGCUUAUCUUAUGUCGGCGUAGGCUGGGUGGUCUGGCGUUCAAAGGAAUAUCUGCCGAAGGAUCUCAUUUUUGAGCUGCACUACUUGGGCUCAGUCGAAUACUCGUUUUCCUUGAACUUUUCUCGGCCGGCACACCCGAUUAUUGCCCAGUACUUCAAUUUUGUACACCUCGGUUUCGAGGGAUAUCGUGCAGUUGCGCUCGCCGAUAUGCAGAACGCGCGGUUGUUGAGCCGCGCUCUUGAGAAGAGUAGACUGUUCAAGGUCCUCAGCGAUAUACACCGGCCUGUGGAAAGCACCUUGACCGCCGCUAAGCAAACAAUUGGAUUCGACGAGGGCAAUAUAGAGAACUACGUUCCAGGCUUGCCGGUAGUCGCUUUCCGUUUCUCAGACGAGUAUCGGGAACAGAAUCCGGACGUGCAGCAGCGCUGGGUUCAGACGUUGCUACGUGCGAAGGGCUGGAUUGUCCCCAACUACGAGCUCGCUCCGGCUUUGGAAGACAUGGACAUUUUGCGUGUCGUUGUGCGCGAGAACCUGGGUGCAGUCAUGAUCGACCGGCUCGUCGCCGAUAUUAUUGAAGUUGCAGAGGAGCUAGCGAAGCAAGACUCGCCGACACACGCCUUGAACAUCCUUGGGUCUCGCAAAACUGUCGAGGGCCAUCAUGGCAAACUUGACGAAGGGUCCGGUAGCAAGUCGAGUGGAACGUAUGCUAAGCAGUGCUGA